AUGGCUCACCAACACAGGCGCACUUAUACCCGCACCAUACUCUUCUCAGAAACCUUCGAUUUCCCAACACCACCGACAUGGGCACAAGAUGAGGCGCCGCUCCCACCGACUUGCCAGGGGCAGCAAUAUCAUCAAAGGGCCAGCCAAAUGCCCGUUGCAGUCUGGCCGACAACGCCUCCGACGCCAUCCAUGCCCACUCGGCCCAUGAGUCGGAUGCCGCGCAUGUCGCACGUUCCGGUAACACUGCACGACAAGUCGCUGCCUGAAUACCCCCAGUCGCACGACUUCAUAAUCGACUGCAGCGGCGAAGCAACCACCCCGACGACCGCGCCGGUCGCGGCUUCUAUGCCGUCGCCGGGGGAGGUUUCGCGCUGGAGCAUCUGCAGCGACGACACCGUCGUCGUCGAUGCCAUGUCGCGCCCGCUCUCCCCGAGCAGCUCCAUCCAGAAGCUGCGCAGCAUGGCAAGCUCCACCGCCUUGCGCAGUGUCAAGUCUUCAAUGAAGCUGCGCGUAAAACUGAAUACGACUUUUAAACAGCUCGCGAGGAGGACGAAGAGCAUGGGUUGA